UUGAUGCAGUAGGCUUUCUGUAAUAUUUUUCAAAAUACAUUCUCGGGUCAAAAAAAUUAGGAGAGUCCCUUGUCUGGAGCCAUGCCGCCAAAAGGUCCACCCAAAAAAUCCAAAAAGGAGGUGGACUGGGCCGCUGACGAGAACUUCACCAAGGAUCGGUCUAUGAUCUAUGUGGAGCACACCUACGAGUGCCCUAUUUUCACGACCAAGGCCGAUGAAUGCGGUGCCUUUUUCACGCAACGGAUUCCGGAGCGAAAGUUCCAGUUGGUGAAGAACAAGUACGGAAAACUGUUGCCCCGGGAAGGAGCCUUCGAGAUCGGCUUCUCUCAAAAUGCCCGUACCUCUGUGCACGAGCUCUGGUCGGGAUUGGACAAGGGUCCGCCGAGACGGGACAAGUUUCCCGACUAUGAGACCCUAGUUCCCGAGGUGCAGAAGAUUCUGAAGAAAUUCUAUCCGGACAAGGCCGUGGGCGUGGAGGACGAAGAUGAGGAAAGGGACUCUUCGUAACUUGGAAUUUACAAGGAGUAUGUAAAUUUUUGGCAUUUACCAUAACAAUAUUGGCAUAAUAAACAAGACCUGUUGGUGGGAAAACUUUAA